CCUCCCGCCCGGUCGACCUAUCUCUCUUUCUCCGAUGCCUCCCUGGCCCUGUCACUAUCAUGUAGGACGCCUGCGAAACUGACUCGUGGGCCCGGAAAUAUCGUGGCCCACGUGUCAGUAUUUGUAGCCUUACGUCCUUCUCCAUACCUGCAAAGGAUGCACAAGAAUUUGUUCUCCCAGCUCUCUCCUCCACCCCCACAUUAUUUUAUGUCGUGCACCUCCUCCUACUGGGUUGAAGAAGGCAUCGAACUCGAACUCUUCUCUUCCCAUCUUGUCUGCCUCCCGUGCCUCACCUUCUCCUCUAUAGUUUCUUCCUUUCUCUUCUCCUUCCCUACCCUGCUCAUAGCUCCCUGCAGCCCUAUCGGUGUUCCUUCUCUUCUCCAUGCAAGCUUUCUCUCCUUCGGGUUUUUAAUUUCUUCCAUGUUUGCUUCUUUCUGCAUCCAAAAGCUUUUAAAACAGGCAGAACCAUAAACAAUCCCCUUGUUUAAAAAUCAUUGCUUCCUUUUCCAACACUUUCUUUUAACCUAAAAACAAAACACCACUCCGUUGCAAUUGGAGUUUUUUUUUUGCUGCUUUUUCUGGUUUUAAAAUUUUUGCUUGCUAGCUACAUCAGUACAUGAGCUAGCAGAAAAGCAUGGCCGGCCUCGACCUCGGCACCGCUGCGACGCGCUACGUUCAUCAGCUCCACCACCUCCACCCCGACCUCCAGCUGCAGCACAACUACGCCAAGCAGCCGGAGCCAUCCGAGGACGACCCUAAUGGCGGCGGCGGCGGCAACAGCAACAACGGCGGACCGUAUGGUGAGCACGACGGCGGGUCGUCCUCAUCCGGCCCAGCUGGAGAUGCCCCCGGUGGCAGCGGCGGUAACGGGGAGAUGGUAGUCCGCCGGCCCCGCGGACGCCCACCGGGCUCGAAGAAUAAGCCGAAGCCGCCGGUGAUCAUCACGCGGGAGAGCGCCAAUACGCUGCGCGCCCACAUCCUGGAGGUGGCGAGCGGCUGCGACGUGUUCGAGAGUGUCUCCACGUAUGCGCGCCGGCGGCAGCGUGGCGUCUGCGUGCUGAGCGGCAGCGGCGUCGUCACCAACGUGACGCUACGGCAGCCGUCGGCGCCCGCGGGCGCCGUGGUGACGCUGCACGGGAGGUUCGAGAUCCUGUCGCUCUCGGGAUCUUUCCUCCCGCCGCCGGCUCCCCCCGGCGCCACCAGCCUCACCAUCUUCCUCGCGGGGGGCCAGGGGCAGGUGGUCGGUGGGAACGUCGUCGGUGCGCUCUACGCCGCAGGCCCCGUCAUCGUCAUCGCCGCGUCCUUCGCCAACGUCGCCUACGAGCGCCUCCCCCUGGAGGAGGAAGAGGCUCAGGCAGCGCCACCGGGCCUCCAGAUGCAGCCACCCGGCGGUGGUGUCGAUGGCGCUGGAGGCAUGGGCGGUGGGCCGUUCCCUCCCGAUCCGUCGGCGGCUGCCGGGCUGCCGUUCUUCAACCUGCCGCUCAACAACAUGUCCGGUGGCGGGUCGCCGCUCCCGCCCGGUGCUGACGGCCAUGGUUGGGCCGGUGCACGGCCGCCGUUCUGACAAGUCCAUGAUGAGCCGGUGGUGUAAUUCAGGUUUGAGAGAACACGAAGAUAUCAAGAAGAAAGCAAUGGACGGCACGAUGGUUAAGGGCGGCUUGCAAAAGGUUAGCGCACGUAUGCUAGCUUGCAAGGAUAUCAUAUCUAUCUAUUUCUAUCUCGAUCUCUGUACAACUCCGUAGUGCAUGUUUGCUCGGUCGGUCUCUCUGAUUUCGUGUUCUCAAUCUCUUCUUUAUUUUCUUUUUCUCCUCUCAUGUGCCUCUUGAAAUUUGAUCUGUGAUGUAACCUUGUCUUGAAUUUUAAUCUGUUUUUUAAUAAGUAGUCUUCAAAAAUUGUUCUCUAGGACUCGAUGCGCAAGUGUGCUAAUCGAUGCUUCCAUGCA